AUGGAUGCCGCGGGGCGGCAGUACAUGGGAAUCGCGGCGUACACGGCUGUUGCACUAUCGGAGUUUGUGGCACGCCAUGACGCCGUGCCCCGCCUCCUCCAGCGGCAGCUGCCGCGCGAGGCAUGCGAGGAGCGGAACCUGGGUGCGCUGCUCGAUUGUGCGCUUUCGAUCCUGUGGCACAGUCAGAGCGUGCCGCGCAAUACGUUUGUAGAGCAGCUGUGCAGGCGCGCAGUGCCCGACUUGCGCGAGCUCAGCCAGCACGCGCUGAGCGAGCGCGACUUUACCUCGUUGUCCACGCUGCAGCAUGGCGCGACGGGCACCGUGGAAGUGGUGCGCUGCAAGUUUGACCGUCAUCUGUACGUCCUCAAGAGCAUCUUGAAGGGUGUCGCACGCCGCGAGUCCUAUCGCUUCUCUCCGGUGUUUGAAAGUCAGCUGCUGGGCUUUGCAUCGGACGAGCCAUACACACCCAAGCUCCACGCCGCCUUCCAGGGACCGGGGUCGGUGCACAUUGUCAUGGAAUAUUUUCCGGCGGGCGACCUCGACUCGCUCCUGCGCGCCGCCGCCGAGGCGGGGUCGGGCUACCCGGGCAAGAGCACCCAGGGCGGCCUGCUCCAGGAGGACUGGGUCGUGCGGUACGCCGCCGAUAUGGUCGCCGCGAUCGGAUGGCUGCACCGGCUCCAGUUUGUGCAUCGCGACAUCAAGCCAAGCAACUUUCUCUUGCACAGCUCGGGGCGCCUCAAGCUGUGCGACUUUGCGACCUGCGCGCCCUUUGCGCAGUUUGGCGAGGAACGGCGCGUGCUGGCAUUCUAUACACAGCGCCCAGCGGGCACCUGUGACUAUAUCGCGCCGGAAAUUCUCAAAUGCGAGGAGCAGCGCAUCCUCUCCGAGUGCCCGUCGCCGCCGAGCACCUCGCUGCCGGGCUUCCUCGAGACGCCGGCGCCCGACGCGCUCAUCCCGGGCGCGUACGGGCCGGGGGUCGAUUGGUGGAGCCUAGGCGUGGUGCUCUACGAGAUGGUGUUUGGCAAGCCGCCGUUCUGGGCACCGAUGCCGGCUGACGUCUACGCCAAGAUUGCGAGCCACGAGCAGCACUUUGCCAUGGACUCGAACGUGCCGUGCUCCGCUGCGCUGCGUGCUCUGAUUGCCGCGCUGGUGUGCAGCUCGCCGCAGCGGCUUGGCCAGCACGCCACCGAGCAGGUGCAGCACCAUGCCGUCUUUUCGCACGUCCCGUGGGACGCACUCGAUACGUACGCUGUGCCCUUUGUCCCGUCGCAUGCUGCGGCGCACCAGGCAGACGCAAGCGGCCUCAUGCCGUCUGUGCUGCACAGCCCGCUGCUCACGCCCCCGCUGAACGGGGGCGAGUCGGUGUCGAUGGACACCCCCCCGAGCUUCUCGCAAAUGUACCAGGGGCCGCUGGAACUCUUUCCUACGUUUCCCGACUCGUUGGACGCGAUCCAUACGCCGGCAGCCGCAUCGCACCCGCCGCACUUGCUCGAGGCGUCGCCAGCCGACUCGUGGCCGUCGAGCGCCGAGUCUACGCCGAAUCACACGUCUCAGGACCGCGACGCGGGCUGGAAUGAGAUUGAUACCCACUUCCAAGGCUUCAGCUUGGUGCCGAAUUCCAACGCCUUUGCGGCCGAUGGCGAGAGCGAGCCGGCCCAGGAGGUGCAGAGCGCCUCGCCGAGCACCCAGCCGCUCGCCUCGACACCGAUGACCAAGCCAAGCGGCCGCCCGCCCGUGUCGCCGCCCGGUUGGCAGGCCUCGCCGCCGGACGCGCAGCCCUCUCUGCAGCGCCGCGCGGUACAGACCGCGCUGCGCAUCCGCAACGGGCCCAACGAGAUUCACACUCCCUUCCGCCUACCGUCGCUUGGCCCGCCUGUCGAGCCAGUGUCGCCCUAUCCUUUCCCGCUGGCGAGCGGUGCACGCGCGCCGGUCAUCGCGACGCCCGGCUUCUCGCUCUCGCCCGAGAUUGCGAUGAAAACGCCGGCCGGUGCGUACGAGACGAUGGGCUCCGAUUCGCGUCACUCGGGUGGUAGUACAUGGAAGCGUAACCUGUCGGAGCGCCAGGCGUGGACCGAGAUGAUGGACGCUGUCCAGCGCAGCGCACGCAAGCUCGAUGCGGGCCACUUCCGGCCCGAGACCAGCCUGCGGAGCCUCGCCGAGGAAGAGGAAGAGUCGCUUCCCCCGCUGCCGAGCCAAAGCAGUAUUUCGUCGCGGCGGCCGUCGCUCCGUGUGCACUCCCCGACGCUGCUCGAGCAAGAAUCGCCCGAGAAACGCCCGGCGCCCGCGUUGCGCACCGCUGCCUCUUGCUUUGAUCUGCGGCGGCGUAUGCUCCCGCUCGAGACGUCGGUCAACGCGAACCAGCUCGAGACCAGUCCGCAAGAGCGGCCGAUGCUGCGCACGCGCCGCAGCACGCGGCAGCUGCUCCUCGAUGCACAAGUGACCUCGACACCGACCCGCAGCGCAUCGCGAAUCUUUUCCUUGCCGUCGCCGCAAAAGGCGAUGCUGGAUUCGCGCACCACGUCGAGCCCGCCCCGCCGGCGCACGCUCAAGGGAAGCGCCUCUGUGCGUGAUUUCCGCGAGGUGAUCCGGCAGGAAAAGACCCUCCCGACGCUGCCCGACGCUUCGCCGCCGCCCGCCCAGCGCAUGCGGGCGCAGCGCGACGAGCAGAACGUGUGGCCGCCGAUGGACUCGCACCGCACUCUGUCCGAGUACCGCCGUGGCCUCGCGCACGGCCGCAGCCCUGCGCCGCGCGCCGAGCCGGGCGCCGAGGACGCGUUUGGGCGCGCGGCGAGCCUGCAGCGGCCCACGCUCCGGAGCUGGGACCGCGCCGCACGUCGCAUGCAGAGCUCGCUCGGUCUGUCGAGUGUUUAUCGCCAAGGGAACACGGACGCCUCGAAAGAGAACGUGCUGCAGCGCAUGACGACCGAGCACCGCGAUAUCCAGCGCUCGGUGACCAGCCUGGAGCGCGAGCUUAAAGACCUCAAGCACCGUGUGGACCAUGUAGAAUUAUAA